CAUAUUUUAUAUUUUUAUCUUACAUGCAUGCCCGUAGCGUGCCAAGGUUUAUAGAUAAUAAACCUUGCGUAGCGUGCACGUGUUUCUAUCACUAUCAUUUUUUUUAUAUACCUGCCUUUCUGGACAUCCGUUCUAAAUUAAUUACACAUCGUUUAAACGUUUACUGCUCAAGAACUCUAAAAUCUCGGUAGGUUAUUACAUCAUGUCCACUCGCAACAGGCCUCUGAAAAAAAUUCAGUCCACCAAAUCGGCGUCAGACAAUAGGGAGGUGCGCAAGGUGCCCGUACCGUCGCAUAGGCUCACGCCGCUCAAGGAACACUGGCUAAAGAUCUACACGCCUGUUGUCGAUCACCUCCGUCUGGACAUCAGAUUCAACGUCAAAUCAAGAAAUGUGGAAAUUAGAAAUCCCGUUCCCGACGACGAGAUCGGAUCGCAACACUUGCAAAAGGCCGCAGACUUUGUCAAGGCGUUUGUCUACGGGUUCGAAGUGGAAGACGCUUUAGCAUUAAUAAGACUUGACAAUUUGUUUGUCGAAUCUUUUGAGGUGAAAGACGUAAAAACAUUAAAAGGAGACCAUUUGUCCCGUGCAAUUGGACGAUUGGCUGGUAAAGGAGGACGAACAAAGUUCACCAUCGAAAAUGUUACAAAAACCAGAAUAGUGUUGGCAGACACAAAAAUUCAUAUAUUAGGAUCAUUUCAAAAUAUACAAGUAGCUAUGAGAGCUAUUUGUAAUCUUAUUCUUGGAUCUCCACCUUCUAAAGUUUAUGGGCAAUUACAACAACUCUCAAAGAGUAAAGUUCUAUAAAAUUUUAUUUUUUAUUAUUAAAACACCAAAAGUUAUGUCCUGUAUAAUUUAUUUUUUAAUAAACCUCAGUUUAAUUACAUGCAA